CCGGCCGACGUUCUGAGUUGUCCCAGAAUUGCAGCUGGAGUGUGGAGGGUACCCUCCACCGGCAGUGAUUUACCGGGGGCUGUAGAUGAGGUGCAGAUGGAGUUAUUAGUUAGUCUUAAAAAUAUGUGUCCGAAGUGACAUAUGGGUCUCAGAAUUUGCGUGAACUGUAGUCUGUUAUUUUCUGAGUGUACUGUACUGUAUAUGUACUUCUGCAGGCGGGCACAGCUAUUAUUUUGAGGUCACAGCGUAUCCCUUGUCAGUAUCAAUAACAAAAGUGCUUCAGGGUGUCACCGCUGAGCGCCACAGAGUGUAAGACAUUACACUGAAAAGAAUCAGCUUGCAGGCUGGGAAUGCAUGUCCAAUUCCAGGGCCUCUCGCCCUCUGCUUCUUGAGGAAACUUGAUAAUAGCACAGGUUACUCUGAGAUGUAAAGUAUAUUUGCUUUAUCUCAGAGGAACUUGAAAGCAAAUUGCACUAGAAAAUUCGUAUGCAUAUUAGAUUUUGUGUUUAUUUGAGUGGACUUCCCUGACCUUUCAAAAGUUAGGCCCUGGCAGAGGGGGAGGUAUCAUGGCAGGCAUGAGUAUUUAAUUUUACCAGAAAAUAACCAUUUUUUCUGGGACUGAUUUUAAUUUUCUGUUGGAAAGUUAGCUGAGUAUUUUGAAUUCUAUUACACUUGAUUUUAUUUAAACACUUAAUUUUGGAUUACACUUCAGGACUUAUUGUUUGUUUGUUUUUGUUAAACAUGACUUUGCUGCAUCAUUUCAUAAGUGUGAUCCUUGACGUGAAAAAGUAAACCUAAAUUAGCUGAAAGUAAAUACUGAGAAUAACUUCUUUCAUUGCAAGUGAUGCAGCACAAAGUGCAAAAGGCAGUUUAUAACUACUGCAGGCUGUGCAGGCUCCUGACUGGGAGCUGCUUUGACGAUGAGAGAGCACCCCAAGUGAUCAGUCAGAAGGGAUUGUGACAGCACAGCAGCACUAAUUCUGUCUGCCCUGGGGUGGGCACACGGUCAUGUUUCUAGCGCAUUGCUCACAGACCAUGGUGAAAAUUCUGUGCCAGCUGCAGAGGGUGAGACGACAGCUGUCCUGAAGAAAGCCUGAAAGAAAUACAUCAAUGUGCUAAAUAAACAGAAACUUGCAGAAGUCUAGACUGGGUCACCGCUUACUCCCUGGUACAUGGGGCACCAAAGCCCUCUUCUAGCUGUUAUUUUUCAGCCUGAAGUUCUUCUUCUGGGAAAUUUCUUCUAUUUCACAAUGUUCUAUCUAAGAGGGAUUUCAUCCAGGUUAUUUGGUUGGCCCACACACAAGUUUCAGGAUGGAGAUCUAAAUUUGUAUAAUUAGUUUUUCUCUUAUGGAUUUCUAUCCUGUAGGCAUAGAAUUCUUUGUCAGUAGUCUUGCUAAAGUCUGAUGGGAUUGCUCAUCCAGGUAAACACUGCUUACCAGUGUUUUCAUAAACUUCUAGGCACGGAUCUCAACAACAGAGAAAUAAUAGACUUCUGCAGGAGUUGAGUGGGAUAAUGAACGUGCAUCUGUAUGCAUUGAGAAUGCAGAUCUCAGGUUCUUACCAACUGUUUAUCUCAUGCUCUCCUGAAAUCGCUUGAAUCAGAUGAUUUUAUUAUUCUUUCUGUUCUUGGAAAUACCUUUUUUGAUGAGAUUUUUUUGUUAAAUGGGAUAAUACAGAGUAAUUUCCAGUAGAUUAGUUCAUAGUAAUUGGACUUUUAUUUAACGAGAUAUUGUCUGUUUCAGCUAACCAUGUCUUUAAAUUCAUCUAUACUUCUAAAUGAAGACAAUGCUCAAGGACCAAAAAGAAAUACUGAGUGUUUGGAAAGCCUAGAACUGCAGACUCCAUCAUCAUUGCAAGAUAACCCAUUUCAACAAUUACAGUUAGCAUCCCAGGAAGUAUUGGAAAAGGCAAAAAAGAGCGGGAGAUCAAAAUGCCCCCGAUGCAGUAGUUCAAGGAUGUUUUAUUGUUAUACGUGCUUUGUUCCUGUUGAAACUGUCCCUACCAAAGAAAUUCCAACUGUGAAGUUACCUUUGAAGAUUGACAUUAUUAAACACCCAAAUGAAACUGACGGCAAAAGCACUGCUGUGCAUGCUAAGCUCCUGGCACCUGAUGAUGUGACCAUUUACAAAUAUCCUUGCAUCCCAGAAUAUGAGGAAAAGAGACAUGAAAUAGCACUUAUAUUUCCUGGGCCCAAUUCAGUUUCAGUAAAAGAUAUUGCUUUCCAUCUCCAAAAGUACACUAAGAAAGGUGUCUGUGCUACUGAUGACAACUGUUUCAGAGAGCCACUUCUUAAACAAGCAAAAAUAGAACCUGAAGAAGGAAAAAAGCCACAUCAAUGCAUCUCAAGCAGCAGGAGUGAAGGCACUAGACUGAAGAAAAUAAUAUUUAUUGACAGUACCUGGAAUCAAACUAACAAGAUAAUAACUGAUGAACGACUUCAAGGAUUACUGCAAAUUGAGUUGAAAACAAGGAAAACUUGCUUUUGGCGUCAUCAGAAGGGAAAGCCAGAUACAUACCUUUCCACAAUAGAAGCAAUUUAUUAUUUCCUUGUGGACUAUCAUCAGGAGAUUUUGAAAGAGAGCUACAAUGGACAAUAUGAUAAUCUGCUUUUUUUCUUUUCCUUUAUGCAUACAUUGAUUAAAGAUGCCAAGUGUUGUGCAGGAAAAGAGUAAGGUGUCUGUCUACUGGUGCAUGACACGUCUUUUUUGUAAUAAUAAACUGCACAAACAUGACUGGGGGUUUUUUUUGGAAAUAGAUUUUACUCUAAGUAACGGCAACAGUGUUGCCAAAAGUGAGCUGCAGAUCUUGUCCCGCAUGCUUGAGGUUGUAGAACUGCUCAGAUGAGCAGUCUGAUUAGAGUUACUUAUUUGCAAACAGUUACAUUUUGCUAAAUGUUGCUGUACUUUCACCUACAGGGCUGAUGUGCUCACUGUGAUGAGCACAUUUCCUGAGAUGGGACUGGAGGACUUGACCCCUCUUGCCAUAAGUAGUGAUCUCGUUUAACUGUAAGAAGGAAUUAGCAUGCAGCUUUGUAUUGUUGCUAAUACUUAUGUCAGAUGUUUUCCUGGUGGUUUACACAGCAAUACUGAUUCCACCUUCAUGGCAUCAGAGGCUUACUGAAAUUGGCAGAUGGUGUUCAGUUGUGGGGACAAGUGGCAGCAAUACAAAAUGAAAGAGCACAUUAAGUGAAUAUGAAUUACAUACUUGCAAGAUGAAUGCUGGAAAAUUCUUCUAGUAAUAAAAAAGUGGUCUCUUUAAA